AUGGAGGUAGGAAGUACGACGGGAGUCCUCGCCAAGAGAGUGUCGGAUACACAGAAAUUGUUGGAUUUGUUAGCAAAUCCUUUUCGAGCCCAGUUGUCACAAAAUUCCAUCUACGCAAGUCUCGGCACAUCGAUAGGAUUUACCUUGUUACUCGCCAUCGGUUUCUCUCUUCUUCGUCCGUACAAUUCUGUCGUGUAUGCACCGAAACUCAAGAUUGCAGAUGAUAAACAUGCACCGCCGCCAAUGGGAAAAGGUCCUUUGGCUUGGUUGGGGCCGGUGCUCAAGACCAAGGAAACCGAGUUGGUGACUCUCAUAGGGCUGGAUGCGACCAUAUUUUUGAGAGUGCUGAGGAUGUGUCGGAACAUAUUUUUAUGCAUAACGGUGGUGGGCUGUGGAAUAUUGAUCCCGAUUAACAUGACCAAGGGUCAAUAUACUUCGGAAACGGAUUUCGUAUCUCGAGUCACGCCGGUCAAUGUUUGGGGUUCGAAUAAUUGGGGGAUGACCAUCUGCGCUUGGUUAUUCGAUCUCAUUGUUAUUUUCUUCCUAUGGUGGAAUUACAGGGCGGUACUCAAUUUGAGGAGAACGUACUUUGAAAGUGCGGAUUACCAGGCCAGUUUACAUGCGCGGACGUUGAUGAUUAACGAUAUUCCCAAGACGCUACGCACGGACGAGGGAAUCGGUAGAGUGAUUGAUGUUGUGGCGCCCCAAUCUUCAUUCUCGAGAACAGUCGUGGCGAGAAAUGUCAAGGAACUUCCGGAACUUAUUGAACAGCACAAUCAGACAGUUCGUGAUUUGGAGGGUUAUUUGGCCAGAUACCUUAAGGAUCCUGCGAAUCUACCUCCCAAGAGACCAGAGUGUACCCCUUCGAAAGAUGAUCCUAAUUUUGGAUCAUAUGUCCGAGGUCAAAAACUCGAUGCUAUCGAAUAUCUUACUGCGCGUAUCAAGGAAUUGGAAUUGGAGAUCAAGGAAGUUCGUUUGUCUGUGGAUAACCGAAAUCCUUUGCCCUAUGGAUUUGCUAGUUACGAAGCUAUUGAUGAAGCACACAGUAUCGCAUUCGCAGCACGGAAAAAGCAUCCCAAGGGAACCACGAUUGUACUUGCUCCUCGACCGAAUGAUAUUAUUUGGCAGAACAUGCCGUUGAGUAGGCAGACCAGAAAAAGGAAGAGAAUCAUGAACAAUAUUUGGGUCACUUUACUUACAAUUGUAUGGAUGGCACCGAACGCUUUGAUUUCAAUCUUCUUGGUCAGCUUAACCAAUUUGGGUAGUGUUUGGCCUGCAUUUCAAAUUUCGUUGUCGCAACACACGGUUUGGUGGUCGAUUGUUCAAGGUGUUGCUUCUCCCGCUGUUACAUCCUUGGUCUACUUAGUACUUCCAAUCAUGUUCCGUCGAAUGUUGGUCAAGGCUGGAGAUCGUACAAAAACUGCCAGAGAAAGACAUGUUACGGGAAAGUUAUACACUUUCUUCGUCUUCAACUACUUACUUGUAUUUUCGAUUUUCAGUACUGUCUGGACCUUUGUCUCUACCGUCAUCAACAAAACCAAUGAUGGAACUACAACUUGGGAAGCUAUCUACGAAGCAGAUUUAGGACUGUUGGUCUUCAUUUCACUUUGCAACAUCUCACCUUUCUGGGUUACUUCGUUACUUCAACGAAAUUUGGGAGCAGCUGUUGAUUUGGCUCAAUUGUGGACUUUGGUUUGGAGUUUUUGCGCCAGGAAAUUCUCGAGUCCUACGCCUCGUGAGAUGAUCGAACUGACUGCACCACCUGCGUUCGACUAUGCAAGUUAUUAUAAUUAUUUCUUGUUCUACACUACUAUCACUCUGUGCUUUGGUUGCAUUCAGCCUCUAGUCAUCCCAGCAGCCGCUAUGUAUUUCUCUCUAGAUGUUUUCUUGAAGAAAUACCUCUUGCUUUAUAUUUUCAUUACCAAGACAGAAUCUGGUGGUAUGUUCUGGCGUAUGCUGUUCAACCGAAUACUUUUCGCAGCAAUUCUCGCCAACCUUGUCGUUUUCCUCUCCACUUGGGUUCAUGGAGAUGGGUCACACAUGGAAGCUUAUGCUGUAAUUCCUCUUCCAUUCCUGGUGCUUGGUUUCAAAUGGUAUUGCGCACGUACCUUUGACGAUAAGAUUCACUACUAUAGCGUCCGCAAUAUGCUCAAAGAUCCAGAAUCUUCGCGAUCCAAACUCUUUGGUAGCAAAGGCGAUCGUCUCGCUUCUCGCUUCGGUCAUCCAGCAUUAUACAAACCACUCAUUACACCUAUGGUUCAUGCCCGAGCUCAAAAUAUUCUAGCUUCUAUUUAUGGUGGUCGUCUUACAGAUUCUAACAACCACGGCUCGGGCGAUAAUAUGUCAGUUUCGGGAUAUUCCGAUACAUUUGCCAUGGAUCCUAUGCGUGCGGGACAACCAGGUCGAUCUGCUAAGGGGGGCAUGCCUGGAUUUGAAAUGGUGCCGGAGAAUCGUCUGGAUUUCUCGUAUUACAAGGGAAGAGCGGAAUUUGCGGAGGAACAUGGUGGUUCGGGUGGAAUUUAUGGAAAAGCGGAAGACAUCAUCAGGUCGGAUACACCAGGUAGUUCACGCUGGGGACCAGAUUCAAGACCAGGUACACCUGUUAAUGGUUUGGGAACGCCAACAUUGCCAAGUUUCAGGCCAGGGACACCGGAUAGUGUGAAAGGGGAUAUUGGUAUGAGUGGGGGAUCUGGGAUGGGGAUGAGGUAUUAUGGAGAGAGGAAGGAUAGUUCGGGAGAGACGAUUGGAUUGGUUCAGGGUGCACAGGAUAUGCCUGCAAGUUCCUUACCGGGUGUGCAGGAACGAGCACCGGGUUUCUUGGGUGGUGGACCAGGAGGAUAUGGUAAUUUACCGCAGGAAGAUAUGGAUGGGAGGGGAAGUGUGGAUCAUGAUCCGAUGAGUUAUGAUUAUUUCCGUUCCAGGAGGACGAGGAAUUAG